AUGAAUGCUUUAAGCAUCAAGGGAUUCCGGAAGAUAGAUCCUGAGAAAUGGGAAUUUGCUAAUGAAGAUUUUGUGAAAGAUCAAAAACAUCUUCUGAAGAACAUUCAUCGUAGGAAACCCAUACAUAGCCACAGCAAUCCUCAAGGUACCGCAGACCCAGAACGAACAGCUUAUGAGGAGGAAAUUGAUAAGCUAUCCCGUGAGAAAGCUGCUCUUGCAGGUAAUGUCUUAAAGUUCAAACAGGAGCAGGCUACUGCCAAAGUUCAACUGGAAGAUCUUACUGAACGCCUAGGUAAUAUUGAGCAAAGGCAGGGAAGUUUGCUGACCUUUCUGGAGAAAGCAGUUAAGAAUCCAGAUUUUGUUGAACAACUUACUCAGAGGCUUGAGUCAAUGGACGUAUCUGUAUACAAUAAGAAAAGGAGAUUGCCUGAGGGUGAUGAACCCCUAUCUGAUCGAGAUUUUGUGAUGGUUGACAACCAUAGCAGCUCUAAACCUGAGUUUGGUUUCCCUCAGGACUUCUGUGAUAAACUCAGACUAGAGUUAUCACCAGCCGCAGAUAAUAACUUGCUCUCUCAUAGUACUCAAAGUUCAAAUGAAGAUGGGGAAAGCUCGUCUAAGAGAAUAUCUGAUAGGUUGCAAAAGGAUUUACACAAAUCUGGAGAAACCCUGUAUGGCCAAGAAACUUUAGAGCUAUCUGAUACUGGCACGUCAUUUGGUCUAAAAAUGGAUUCACCUCUGUCGCAAAGAGCAGAAGGUAGCGACACCCCUAAAGUAAAUAGCUUCCAGCAAUCUUUAACUCCUAAUGAAGAAGCCGAUUCUCAAAUCAGUUGCCAUUUAAAUCUUUCUCUGGCUUCUUCUCCAUUGCCUGUCAGUAAGAAUCAGUCUCCGGCCAAAACAGUCCAUGUGGCUAACGAAACUGGCAUUUGUUCAGAUACAAGAUCAAAGACUGAUGGCAACGAGGUUGACCGCAGUGCUCCAUUCAAGAACCAUCUUUCUGAUGGCAGCACAUCUUUGUCACCCUCAAAAAAUAACAAGCACGUGACUCCUAGUCCUCCAGCACGGGCAAAUGAUGGAUUCUGGGAACAGUUCCUGACAGAAAGACCUGGUUCCUCGGACACUGAAGAAGCAAGUUCUAAUUUCAGGGCUCAUCCCUAUGAUGAGCCAGAAGCAAGAAAAGUAGACCAAGGAUUAUCCAAGAACAUAAAGAGUGCUCAGCAUCUUAGCCUUUGA